CGAUGCUUUCUGUUCGCGUGCCUUUCUCUUCCCUUUCCGACUUCUGUUACAACAGACAACAGUGUAAAAACGUGUUACAAAUAAAUCAAUUGCAAGAAACAGACUUUUAUUCAAGAAACUAAUGUUAAAACAUAACAUUUUUGGUCCUUCGAGCUUUCAAGAGUACCGUGAGUGCAAUAUCACAAUUUAUUAUUGUAUAUUAAUUUUUUCGACAACGCCGACUACAAUAAAAAAUGGCGACACAAGAAGAUGGUGGCGAAAGAAAUAUCUUAGACAAUUUAAAAGUACAAAGAAGUUCCAUCAAAGGAAAACUUACUCGCAUAUAUAAUUAUAUACAAAAUUACGAUCUUACAAAUAAUAUAUAUGAGAUUAAAGCAAGACAAUCGGAAGUUGAUAGAAUUUUCCAGAAGUUUGACGAGGUGCAAUCCAACAUUGAACUUUUUGAUUAUGAAGAUACAACUCGGAACGAACAAGAACGUAGCAGCUUCGAAAAUAAAUACUUCAGUGUAAAAGCAAGAAUAGAGGAACUACUAUGCGGACCCAUUGUGCAACCAAAUACAUCAAACAUUUAUGAUCGUCUUAGCUCCAAUACGAAUUCAGACUACAGAAAACCCAGGGUAAAACUACCGCAGUUAGAGCUGCCGAAGUUCGACGGUGAUAUAAGACAAUGGCCUGCAUUCAAGAACAUUUUCAUGGCCUCCGUGGAUAAUGCUGACAUACCAGUCGUGAAUAAGCUACAAUAUCUGAAAACGGCAUUAACUGGAGAAGCUGCUGGUCUUAUAUCUUCACUACUAAUUACUGAAGAGAACUAUGUCAGGGCUCUAGAUAUCCUCAACCAAAGCUAUUGUGCAAAUACAAGACUCUUUGGGCAAGUGGGUGAACGCGCGAGCUCUUUUGGAUGCUGGGAGCCAGGUAAACAUUGUUACCCACAGACUAGCCUCUGCUUUGCGACUUAAUUUCCAGUAUGAUGCUUGUGUCAUACAAGGUGUUGGCAACAGUCAUUCUCAAUCACAAGUUAGUAUCAAUACAAAUAUU